CAGUAUUUUUCUGCUGAGAACAGGCGAUACUCAGAGGCCAUUAUCAUGAUAAGACAAGCGGUGUCUCUCCUGCUGCUAGCAGGAUGUGCUGUCGCCUACCCACAGGUGACGAUGAUGUUCCGGGACCAUAAGGUGUACCAGGCCGAGGUGAGGUGCUGCGACGGCAUCUUCAACACGCCACACUACUACAGGCGCGUGUUCAACGUGAGCGCGCUCUACCUGAGCUCGCACGUGCGCCGCGCCGGCACCGGAAUGAUGCUCCCCGAGCAGCAGGACAUCAGGGUCACCGUGACAGAGCUGCCCUCCGGGGGGUUCACCAGGACGGUCGCCACCGCCAGCUACUCGCAGGUCGCCGCGCCGGAGCAGCUGCUGCGGCUGCCCAUCAGCUACACCACCAACACGGCCUCCAUGUUCAUGUUCGAGAUCCGGUUCGACGAGGAGCUCACCUACCCUCAGUAUGCACCUUCCAACGCUCCCGACGCUCCCUUCUACGACAAUGUGUUCAAUUUGUACAUUGUCGGUAUGGACUACGAAUAUGUUGAUGUCUGAGCGAAAAAGUAGCAAUGUGUUUCCAAAGAGUUUCCGUUAUGCUAUUGAUGACAAAUGUAAGCAACGUUCUGUUGUUCACUCUGAAUCAAAGUUUAAUAUGCGUCAACGAGAACAUUAAUAGUAAUACUAAGCACUACUGCAUAUUUUCAUAUUGUAUCUAAAUCAAAUAAACCUUGGCAUGAGAAGUAACGUA